AUGAUGAAUCAUUUGAAUUUAUGUGAUUAUGGUAAAGCAAAAGUUUACUUAUGGAAAACUGAAAAAACUAGUGAAAAAUUAUUUUCUGAAAUUUCAAAUAAAUUAAGAAGUUUAUAUGAGAAAAUAAAUUAUGAUGAUCUGUUUCACCAUUUAUAUACUUACAUAAAGUACAUAAAUGGGAGUGAUAGUGAUUUAUUUAUAAGAUACGAAGAAAAAAUUUGUGAUUGUAAUAUAAAUAAAAAUAUAAAAGAUGAUGAUUAUUUUUUUAGUAUUUUUAAAAAUGCUAACUAUGUUAGGAGAAAUGGUAAUUUAUCAAUAAGUUAUAUUGAUUUAAUAGAUAAAAACAUUAAAAUAGAUAGAAUGAAUUUUUUUUCUAAUAUUUUUAUGUCUAUUGGUAUACAUGAAUUAUAUGAUGAAGAUAUAUACAGCAAUGAUGAUUGUGCUAAUAAAAGUAUAGAAAAAAAAAAAAAAAAAAAAAAAAAAAAAAGAAAAAAAAAAAAAAAAAAAAAAAAAAAAAAUAGAGAAGAAGAAGAAGAAGAUGAUGAAAAUUUUCAGCAUGAAGAAAAUGGAUAUUUUAAUAAAUUAAAUGAAAACAUAAUUAAUUUAAUCAAUUCUUAUAAUAAUAUAUUUUUUAGUAAUAGCUGUGUUUUUAUACAAAGAGUUUUAGUAAUUCCAUCUUCAGAUAAAUAUGACGAUAUAAUUAUGAUGAAAAUAAUGGAAAUAAAUGAUAACUUUUUAUAUAAAAAUAAAAAUGAAGAUAUUAAUAAAAAUAAUAACAUAUCUAAUAUCUCAAAAGAUAAACAAAUUAGUAGGAUAGAAGAAUUUAAGAAUCAAGAAAAAAAAAAUAAUACAGGUCUUGGAUUUUUAUUGAAACCAAAUAUUUCUUUUAUAAAAAAUUCUCCAUAUUAUGAUUCAUCAAACAAUUCUGAAUUAUCUAUUUUGAAUAAUAGUGAUACCAAACACAUUAAUGAAAAUUCUUGUUCUGGAUUUAAUGAAAAUGAAAAAAGUUUAAGUAAUAAAAAAAAUAAAGAUAGCAAAAAUGUAGUUAAUAAUAAAUUAAGAAAAAAAUAUUCAUCACACUUUUUGAGAAUGUUUAAUAAAAGUUUAGCAAAAGAAUACAAAUCAUUAAAUGUAAAUUCUGAUAGUGAUGAUUCUGAUGAUUAUAAAUUGGAAAAUUCUAUUAAACAAAAAAAUAAUGAUAUGACUGAUAAUUUAAAUGAUAUGGAAAAUAUUUCAAAUUCUGAUAUAAAUGAAAUAAAAAAAAAAAAAAAUGAUAAACAUUUUUCUUUUAUAUGUGAUAAUUUUCAUAAUUUCAAAAUAAUAAUUUUUCUUCCAUCUAUAAAAAAGCAUUUUAAUAUACAAUAUAAUAAAUUUUUUCAAGCUAUAAUUUUUAAUAUUUUUUAUAUUUUUAUAUUUUUUUUAUAUGAUUUAUUAACAAAAGAUAAAAUGUGGAAAUAUAUUCACACACUUAUUGAUAACACCAACUAUGAAAAAAUAAAUGAUCAAAAAGUGAGAAAUGAUAGCAUAUUAGAAGAAAGAAAAAACAAUAGAUUAAUUAAAAAAAAAAAAUUUAAUUUAAAAAAUAAUAGUAAUGAAAGUAUGGUUGAUAAAUUAAAUACACAUGAAAAUGUAAGUAACUCAAAUAAUAAUAUAUAUAACAGUAUAAAAAAAUAUUACAAUGAUAUAAAAAUUAGUAAAUUAGAUAAGGAAAAUCAUAUAAGCACUAAAAAGGAGAGUUUAUUAUAUGAAGGAAUUUAUAAAAUUGCAAAAUCUAGUACAAAUGAAGAAAAUGAAAAUAAUAAAAAAGAUAAAUAUGAAGAAGACGAAAGUGAAGAGGAGGAAGAAAAUGAGGAAGAAGAUGAUGAUGAUAGUGAUGAUAGUGAUGACAAUAGUGAUGAUGAUGAUAAUGAUGAUAAUGAUGAUUAUGAUGAUGAUGAUGAUUGUGAUGAUGAUGAUGAUGAUGAUGGUGAUGAUAAUGAUGACGAUAGUGAUGAUAAUGAAGAUGAAAUUGAAGAUAAUGAAGACGAAAUUAAAAGUUCUGAAAAUAACAUUGAAGAUGAAAAAAAAAGUAUAGAAGAUUAUGAAGGAGAAGGGAAAAAAAAAAGAAAAAAAAGUGUCAGAAGAGAAAAGAAAAGAAAAAGAAAAUUUUCAAAAGUAAAAAAUUAUACAUGUCGAAUAAAAAAAAAGGAGGGAGAUAUAUUUUUAUUAUUAGGAAGUCCAUUAGAUUCUUUAGAAAUAUAUAUGAAUUGUUAUGAAAUAAGUAAAAUGCAAGAUGAUUUUAUUUAUGAAGGAAAUAUAAUUUUUUGUAUUAUUUUAUCAACAUAUUUAUAUAUAGUACAAAAUUGGAUAAACUUCUGUAAAUUAAAUAAUAAUGAAAAUUAUCCUUUCAAGUUUGCUGAAAUUAUUGAAAAUAUGAUUUUACAAACUUACGAAAAAUUAUUACCUAGUAAAAAUACCAAUUAUUCUAAUUUUUUUUUUGAUACUUCUUAUAGUGGAUCAUUAAAAGAAAAAUCACAUAAUUAUAAUUUUCAUUUUUCUUUGUAUAAUAAUGAUCAUAGCAACGAUGCAACAAGUACAACAAAAAAUAUAAAUUUAUUCAUUAAUUUAUUAAAUGAUAAUGACGAUAAUUUUAAAAGAGAAGAUGAUCUUAUGGAUAUUGAAGAUUAUUAUUUUUUUAAUAUAUUAAUAAAACCACAUAAUAUAUUGUUAUAUUUAGUUAGUUUUAUAGAAUAUAAAUUGAAUGAAGUAUUAUCUAAUUUUCAGAAUUCAUCUUGUGCCCAUGAAUAUUUUUGUGAUUAUUUAUUAUGUUAUUUAAAUUAUCUUCUUAUGCUAAAAAAAAAACGUUAUAUUUUUCUUUUAUCAAAUAAAUAUUCUUAUGUAGUUGAAAAAUUUGAAUAUAAUCUGUAUAUAAAAUAUUAUAUGCAAUUAGCAUUGAUAUAUAAAUAUAUAGGAGCUUUUAGAAAAUUUUCUUUUACUAUAUAUUUAUUAUGCUUACGUUUUUUUUUAAAUAAACAAUUUUAUUUAUCUUAUUUUUUUCUUAAUAAUCUAUUACCAUUUUAUAAUUUGCCUAGUAUUCAUUUCAAUUUUAGCUUUAGAAGAACAACAAAAAGUAACGAGAAUAAUGAUUUUAACAGUGAUGAAAUUUUACAAUUUCAAGAUAAUAAUUGUUUUAAUCAUUACAUUCAUAAUAUUUUUGUAAAUAGAACAAAUAAAAUUAAUGUUCCCUUUUAUUGGCUUAGAAAAACUGAGCAAACUCUAUCUAAAGAAAAUGUAUGUGUGGAAAAAAAUGAAAAUAAAGUCAUAAAUAGUAAUAAUGAUAAUAAUAGCAAUAAUAAUGAUAAGAAAGAAUUUAUAAGACAGGAUAGUAUAAGAAGUGUUAUUGAUAUUUAUAUAAAUAACAAGCUAGAAAAAACUAAUAUGCGACCUGAAGAAAACAAAAAUAUUUUAAAUACUUAUGAAACUAAUUUGAUUAAAAAUUCUUCUAAUAUUGAAGAUGAUAAAAAUAUAAUAGAGGAAAGAAAAAAAGAUAAUUGUUAUAAUUAUUACAUGGAAAAUGUUUUAAAAAACGUAUAUAUAUACAGUAUAUUUGAUAAUCUAUUUAACUCUUCUAAUUUUUUUAAUGUAAGUAAUUUAUUUAAUUUUUGCUCUCGUGAUAUAAGUAGUAAAAGCAUAUUUCACUUAAAUAAACAUACUAAAAAAUUACAAAUAUAUAAAAAAAAUAAAAAAACAUAUAAUACUUUGUUGCAAUAUGAUAUUCUUUGUUUUCUUAGUUCCAUAUUAAAAGAAAUAAAUUAUUCAACAGAUUUGGCCUUUUGCAAUUUGUUAAUGUUGCUAUUUUUACAUAAACAUUUAUCAAAACAAAAGCAGAAGGAAAUAUUAUAUACUAUAUAUGAAACUUUGAAUAAAAAAAAAAAGUAUAUUUAUUUUCCACCUUUUAUAAAUUUAAUAUUAGAUGAAAAAAGAAAAAAAAAAAAUAGGAAUUACUUAAGAAAGUUAGAUGAAGAUAAUAAUUUUAACAACAUUUCUUCAUCUACUGAUUCUUCUAAAAUGUAUGAUUUAUCAACUGAAUCAUCUUCUUCUUUUGAUUUUAUUUCUUUCUCGAACGUUGAUUCUCAUAAAAAAAUUACGUAUGAGGAGAAAUUAAAAAGUAAAAAAAUUAAACCAAAAAAAAAAAAUUCUAAAAAAGAAAACAAACUGCAUUUCCUAUAUGGUUUUACAGAAGGAAGAUGUUCUCCAUUACCAAUUCUAGUAAAUAUAGAAUAUGUAAAUAAAAGUUAUAAUAAUGAAAAGAUAUAUAAAAAAGUGGAAUUAAGUAAUACAAAAAAAAAAGAGGCAGAUAUUGAUUUAAAUGAAUAUAAAGAUGUCUUUAAAUAUAAUCCUUUUACAGAAGAAGAAAAAAAUGUGAAAAUUCAAAACAUUUGUGCUGUAAAUGAGAUAAAGAAUGUAAUUGUAACUUUAAAAAAUACUUUAUCUAUUAAUCUAGUAUUAAAUAAUGUUGCCUUAAUAUCAUCAGGUAUAUCUAUAGAGAACUAUCCUACUAGUGUAAUAUUGUUAUCAAAAAAAAAAAAUAAUUUAACAAAAGUUCAAUUAUCCUUUAAAGCAAAAGAAACCGGAAUGCUAUUUCCUUUAGGUAUUUCUUAUUGUAUUAGUUAUUUUUAUUUUAAUCAAUAUCUUCUAUAUGAUACAUCUAUUUUAAGGAAAUAUUUUAUGGAUGAUAAUUUUUUUUAUAAAUAUAACAAGAAAUGUAAUGAUAAUUAUGAGAAUGAAAUACGUAAAGUUUCUGAAAAUACUCAAAGUUUUGAAUAUAUUAACAAAGAAAAUAAUGAUAUUAUACAAAAAAAUGCAUUAUAUAAUUUUUAUUUAAAUCACAUUAAUUCGCAUGUUCAUGGUAUAAAAGAAAAAGAAAACAUCAAUUUAUAUUGUAGUGAAAAUGAUAAAGUAUUAUAUAAUAAAAUAAAAUUAUUACAUUACGUUUUUAAGUUAUCCAAUAUAUGUUCUAUUUUUGUAAUUGAUAAUUAUUUUUCCCUUAAAUCAGAAAUUAAGCUUUUUAAUUUUAGUAAAUAUAUUAAUAUUAAAUCCUUGUUAAAUGAUAAAUCAUAUUUGAAAAAGUUUUUUAUUAAUUCAAAUAAAGAAGUGUUAUCAAAAGAACAAACUAUUUUAAAUGAUGAAAAAGAUAUAUUUCAAAGAAAUCAUUUGCAUGAAGAAAAAAUUGAAGGAAAAAAUUAUGAAAACAAGGAAUCUAAUAGGAAUAACAAAAUUAAUUUAAAAAAUUCAUUUUUAGAUGAAAAGAAGAAAUAUAUUAAUGAUAAAAAAAAAUCCUGUAAUAAUUAUGAUAAUGAAAAUAUUAAUAAAACAAAUGAGUGCUUAACUACAAAUAUUGAUAUAAAAAAAAAAAAUCGAAAUUCAGAUAAUGUGAAUAAUUUAUGUAUGAGUGAUGUUGUAGAUAAAAGCAAUUUAUUUAAUGAACAUAAUAAAAGUGAUUGUAUUGAUAAAAAUAUAAAAUAUAAUAGUGAGAAAGAUGAUGUAGAUUUUAACAGAAAAAAAAAUGUGCAAAGUUGCAAUUUAUCAGAUUUUACUAGAAGUUUAUCUAUUAACAGUAAAUGUUAUUUAAAUAAGAAAAGUUCAAAAAAAACUUCAAUGUGUACAUCAUCAUCAGUAUUAUCAUCAGCAUCAAAGUCAUCUUCUUUAUUUUUAUCAUCAUCAUUUUCUUCUAAAUUAAGUGAAAAGGAGUCUUCAUCAGAAGGUAUUAACGAUUUUCAAUCUUCUAGUGGAUCAUUAGUUAAUUUACAAAAGCCUUUAAAUUAUUAUGAACUUAGAAAAGAUAAAAGUGAGAAUUUUGAUGACAUUAAUGACAACUAUUACUUUUCAUGUGAUCCAAGAUAUUCAGAAUUAUUAGAAGGAGAAAUUAAAUUUUUGUGUUUAAUUUUUGAAAAUAAAAGUAAUAUAAAUAUAGAUUAUAUAAAUAUUACUGUUAGACAUAAUAAUAAAAUAAAUGGAGAUUAUUUCAUAAAAUUUUUUUUUGAUAAUGCAUUUUGCUUAAAAAGUAAACAUGAAAAUAAUAAAGAAAAAAUCAUAAGAAUAAAAAAAAACAAACCAUUAAAAGUUAAAAAAAAUUAUUCUUUAUAUAUUCCUAUAAGAUGUAUAGGGUCCAUAUUAAUAAAUGAAUGUGAUAUCAAUAUACUUUAUUCUUCUAACAAAAAUAGUUCAUAUUAUGCCUUACAAAAUCUAAACUUAAAAAUUAAUGUAAAAAAAAAUAUAUCCAUUGAAAAUAUAUUUUAUUUUCCUUAUGUAAGCUUUAAUUAUAAAGAUAUAUUAAAUGAAUUGUUAAAUUCUAACUACUAUGAUUCUAAUAUUAUUAAAAAAUUAGGUUCUUUAAAAAGAGAGAAUAAUGAAAAAAGUUAUGAAAAUAAUAAAGAGAUAAUUCACGAUAUAAAUUUUUUAAAAACGAAAAGUUUUAAAUAUAAAGAUAUUAACAUAGAUAAUUACCUUGAAAAGAAAAAUACACAAAAAAAGGAUAGCAAUAUUAAUCGUAGCUUAAAUUAUAAUGACAACUAUGAUAGUGAUAAUAAUAAUGAUAAAAUAAAAAAUUUUAAAAAUUAUACUACCAUGAAUAAUUUAGUUACAAAAGAAGAUUCCUUUAAUUCUUUUAACAAAAUGAAUGUAAUAAAAAAAGAUAAUGAUAUUAAUCAAACAUAUAAAUACAAAGAAAGUUUAAAUAUUUGUACAGAUAAUAAAUAUAUAUUUUUAGAAUUAUAUAUAAAAAACUUCAGUGGUUAUGUAAAUUAUUGUAAAACUAAAAAAUUAAAAAGACGUCCAAUGUGUAUAGUUGAUAAAGAAAAUAAUUUAAGUAAAUGGAUACUUUGGAUUAAAAGGAUAAAAAGGAAAAAAAAAAUAAUUUUUGAAAAUGAGGAAGAUAUUUUAAAGUAUUUUUUACAAUAUUUAGAUUUUUACGUUUACUUAACUUUUUCAAGGCAUAAAAAAACUGGAAUUUUAAGUGUUUACAGUUCUUAUUUAAAUAAUGUGCAUAUUCAUAAUAAAACAAUAAGUGACUUUUUUUUUAAUUUCAAAAAAAAUAAUAAUAAUAAUAAUAAUAGAAUAGAAAAAAAUGAAACAGAUAAAGAAGAAAAACAUUUUUUUUUAAAAUUAGAUGAUGAAGAGAAAUUAUACAAAAGAAAUAAUUCUCUUGGUGAAAAAAAUAGGGAAUCUUUCUUUUUAUCAAAUGGUUUAAAUAUUCUCAAAACAUCAGUGAAUAAUGAAGAAGAAAAUAUUUCUUCAAAAAAUUUAAAUAUAGAAAAAUUUAGUAGAUAUUUGAAAAAAGAAGAAAAAAAAGAGGAUAAUAAUUGUAAUACUACUACUACUACUCAUAAUAAUAAUAAUAGUGAGAAUUUUCAGUUAAAAUUAAAAAUAAAUAAAUUAUUUCAUAACAGUUUCGUUAAUGAUAUUUUUUAUCCAUAUAUAUUAAUAAAGCCAAAGUUUCACAAUUGUAAAAAAAGAAAUAGUGUAAUUAUACCAAAGUGUUCAAAAACAUUAAAUUUUACUGAUAUAAAAAAAAUUGGUAUAAAAAAAAAAUAUUUUGAAUCUUCAGUAAAUGAAUUUUUCUGUGUGAAAAUUUUUAUAGAGAAUUUAUCUUUAAUUGAUUUGGGGAAAUAUACACUUAUAAUUUAUCCAUCCAAUUUAAAUUGUAUAAAAAUUAUAGGAAGUUUAAAUAUAAGUGGAUAUCUCUACAAGGAUGAUUUCAUUUUUUCAAAAAAAAAUAAAAAUGUAGACAAUUUUCCAAAUAAAAAAUCAAGUAGCAAAAAGUUACAUUUUUUGCACUCUUUUAAUGUAUAUUCAUUAUUUACAGGUAAAGUUUUAUUUUACAUAGCUCUUUAUUUUCAUGAUUUUCAUACUUUGUUAUUUUAUCAUGAGCCAAUUUUAGUAACAGUUGUUUAA